AUGUCAACAAUGCAAAUCGAAUCAUUGACAAUUCAAAACAAUAGGAAAUGUCCGCAGAGUAUCAUUUGGGAUGCUGCACUGGCCAUGGACUGGAAUCUCGUAAAAGAAGAAUGCUCCAAAUGCCCAUUGAAUGCAAGAUAUAUCGAUGGUGAAACGCUAUUGCAUCUAGCUAUCCGCAAUAAUGCACCCCUUGGUGCGAUCACAGAAAUUGUUGAUGCUUAUCCCAAUUCUGUGCGAAGAUCUUCCCGAGCAAACAGGGACCUACCACUUCAUAUUGCCUGUAAGAAACAAGCCAGCGUCGAGAUUCUCAAGGUACUUACCAGCAAGGACCCUACCACCGCAUUGUCCGAAAACAAGCUAGGCAGAAAGCCUAUCAAAAUUCUUUGGGAAAAGGCUGGGGCCGAAACCCCAGAAUUCUGGUCAAAAGUUAUGGUCCUCCUAUCGGCUGUGGCUCGUUCACGACGACGACGAUCUGGAGUACAAUGGGAUGGUGAAGAGAAAUUUCUGCUCCAUGCUGCAGUAUCGCUCGGAGCUCGAUCCUGUCCCAAUGUUAUCCUUCGAUCCCUUCUGCGGGAUCGUAGUGGAAAGCUAGAGGCAAGCCAAUACGAUUGCUCUAAUCGUCUACCAUUACAUAUUGCAGUGUGUCAAACUUCAUUGUCAAAUGAAACCAGUCGAAAAUACAAGCCUAAGGAAAAGUCUGCUAUUUCCUUAUUACUAGAGGCGCACCCAAAAGGCGCUUAUGAGCAAAUAUUAAAUCGCUAUCCGCUUCAUGUUGCCCUAUCGAAUGGACACUGCUGGUCGGAAGGAGUUUCAGACUUGUUCCGGGCAGCACCUGAAGUGCUGUCGCGACCAGAUCCAGUGACAAAACUCUAUCCCUUUCAGCUUGCAGCAAUUCCAUCUGGAGACACGUCUCCUGAUUUGGAUACCGUGUUUUGCUUGUUGAGAAGCCGGCCUGAUCUUCUUGUUUAA